UGGAGCUGCGCGUUCCCCUGGGAGGGAAGUGCGCGCGACAGCCUGUCGACCAAUUUGAAGUUUGCGGCAAAGAAAAUGACCGAAUGGUGAUAUUCAUUGUGCCAUUUACCCAACUUUUAAAAAAAAAACAGCAGUUAACUGUGGAAAUAGUUUUAAAACUAAAGUUGUUGGUUCAGUCGCGCGCGGCUGCAACUUCAGGACCACCGGCUGUCCAGUAACCUCCAGUCGACGGGAUGUCUUAAAUGACUUAUUUGAAGAGGCUGGAGUGGAAUGCACUCGACCGGGCAUAUGAACCAUGGCCUGGAAAGUGUGGUCAAAACUCUGCUGUGGUCAAAAAUGGCUACUUCUCCUCUCCCCCGUCCUCCUCCUCUUCCUCACGAUCUCUGUGAUGACGAUCACUCUCCCCCUUCCUUUGCCAUCCGCUGACAGUGACCGGCGGUGGUCCCGAGCCCUGAGCUCCGCCCGAGAGUUCAGUUCCAGGCCCAGGGUCAUGGAGCCCCCUCCGGCCGCUGCCUUUCAGCUGCCACUCACUCACAUCCACAGUGGGGCCCGGAAAUCCAGCACUCAAAAAGACAAACACUCAGUGCCACUUAAACCUUUCAGGGACGCUGCUGGCGAUGACAGAAACAGCAUCAAAGAGAGAAGUCAUGCAGACUUACGGAGAAAAACACACAAAAGCAAAGGCAUUGCCUCCAAAAGAAAAGAGAUUGCAGGCGCCAUCCAGCAUCUAACCAGUCAUCACCAUCCCCAUUUCCCAGAGUUUACAGUCAACAACACAGGGCCAAAGCAUAGAAUUAAACCAAGCAACCACAGUGCUGUGGUAAAACACAGUGCACACUCAUACAUUCAUCUUGAAAGGAGCAAAUCCACAGCAGCACACAUCCCUGCUCCAGCAGAUACCCUAAUAAGUGACAGACGAGCUGCAGACAGACAGGCAGGCAGAUUGGAGGAUAGACACACAAACAGGAAUGCAGACAAACAAAUACAUGGCAGCCAUAGAAGUGCUAAGCUAGCUGAACAUCACCAGGCUUUGGAAAAACACAGACAGCACUCUGGGAAAUCUGACAAAGUCAGUAAGGAGCAGCAGGCUAUGAAAAAGCCCUCCAGGGAUGUCAAAAAACACUAUAAUCUCUCAGAGGAUCCCUCUGAAGCGAAGAAGAAUCCUGGGUUGUUGGACCGUAGAAAAGCUUUGUCCAAACUGAAUGCAGCCUUAAAGAAUGAUGACAGCAGCUGGUGUCGGAGCUUUACAGAGCAGAACUUCCCAGACAGUGACCACAGGAGGAUCAGGAUUAGUCCAAACCUCAGGCCUCUUCCCUGGCUCAACGACGAUGACAUCCAGAAGAUGGAGCUCCUUGCUGGGGGUGAGGUGAUCAGUAAGGCCCGGGUGCCUGCACAUGGACAGGUGCUCCAAGUGGCGCUGGAUCCUCCUGCACACCAGCAGAAGCCAUCACCAGAGAGAGAUUCCCCUCAGUAUGGACCCAAAUACAGACAUCCAGAAACCCACAGUGAAAGCUGCCAGCUGGGGUACUGCUCCCUGAUCAAACGCACUGAUGACUGGUUUGAAGUGUUUGCCUUCCACCUGGACAGGGUUCUGGGACUCAACAGAAGUCUCCCUGCGGUGCUGAGGACUUUCCACAGUGAGAUUUUACCAUAUAGAUACACCAGCGGCACACCCAGACCUGUAGUUUGGUGGGAUCCAGAUAUCCAGCACCUCCCUGAUGGAGACAACGACCAGAACUCAGUACCACUCAGCUGGGUUCAGUACCAGAAACUGCUGCAGGUCCACUGUGGAAGUGAAGCAGACCUGAGGUCAGCGCCAUGUGUGGGAGUUCACCACUCAGAGUGGGGGAGACUGGCUCUCCUUGAUUUCUUAUUACAGGUAAAUGACCGUCUGGACAGGUACUGCUGUGGUUUCACACCUGAACCGACAGAACUCUGUGUGGAGAACAUGCUGCACGCAAAGUGUGGCAACACCAAGGACCUGCUGCUGGUUCACAUCCUGGUGAGGAAGGCAGAUCCCUCCAGAUUGGUGUUCAUAGACAACGCCGGCAGACCGCAGCAGUCCCAUGACAACCUCAACUUCAGGCUGGUUGAGGGCAUUGAUGAGUUUCCAGAGAGAGCAGUGUCGGUGCUCCAGUCAGGCUGUCUGGAGAGUCUUCUUCUGCACUCCCUUUACACAGACAGGGAAUUCUGGGAAAGCCAAGGCGGAGCCAGCGGCCUCAGGCCUCUCAUCCACACUGUUGAGCACAGAGGGAAGAUUCUGCUCCAGCACAUCAGGGACAAGAAACUGCAGCUCAAGAGGGACCUGUGACUGAGCUGACCGGACCACACAGAAGUAGAAAUUAAAACACAUCGUUCAGAUUUAUUAGCUGAUUGUCAAGAUGACAUUUUUUCAGUGUAAUCAAAGAAUGUAAACAUUCUGCAGCACAAAUAAAUAACAAAAAAAUGCAGCAGAUCAGCUAAUGGGAACAAGCUUACAUGUAAAAAAUAAAACACCCUUUAAUAAGGGCUUACAAUUAACAUCCACAAUGACAACCUCAUGGUCUGUGGACAAAUGUAUUACAUUUAUUAUUAUUUUAAAACACAACAGUGGUGAUAUUAGAUGUUAAAGGAGACCUAUUGUAUAUGAUGUAGUGUAAAAGCGCUUUGAGUGGUCGAAAAGACUAGAAAGGCGCUAUACAAGUACGGAGCAUUUACAUUUACAUUACCAUCUAUUAUGCUGCUUUUCCAGUCCUAUAUUUUUUUAAGGCCCCCCUCUCAAAGUCCACUGUCUUCUGAUUGGCCAAGACCUGAAGCAUGUUAUCAGGCUGUUGUUGUCACUGAGCGGUACAGACAGACUGAGUGUUGCUGUGCCCUUGCUGUGCGGAGCAAAUGACCAUAUAUGGAACACCGGCUCAGUCUAGGUCUGAAUGUCGUAGAACGGAGACGUUACUAUAAAAAGCAGUUCAAAACAGAGCGUUCAGAACAGGACGAAAUCUGAGGUUUUGGCUCACAGGGAUUUCUUAUAAAUACUUUAACCUCAUUAUUUGAAGCUUUGGUCAUGUUUAACAUGAACAUCCAACAUUGUAACAUUGUAGAUAAGUCAUAAAAUAUGGAGAAGCAUAAUAGGUCUCCUUUAAAGGUGAACUGCAAUCAAAAAAUUAUCCCUUUCAAAAAUGAUGUCAAAGGUGAAUGAAAGAUCAGAACUGCUUUUUUAGCAGUUUAGAGUGGGGGGGGCAGCUUGCAUGUUUGAUUUCCUGCAAAGCUGUUGGGGGCACCAAGACACACUGUAAACCUUUGUUAGCUAUGGCUCACAAGCUGAGCCUACCCAAUGUUAGCAGUGGUGUUAAUGUGACGUUUUAAGCUGUUGUUGCUGAUGUGCUGCAGCUGACUAGCUAAUUAGUUAUCUGGCCCACAGUGUACGUUUCCACUGGUGGAUGUUUAUUUGCUAACACUGGUUAGCUCUUUGUGUGCUGUGUGUCAGGCCCUGUGGUAAUUACUGUUUAAUGCAAAUAGGUUUAAAAUGAAAUGAUUUAACUGAAUAUUUGCAAUUUUAAGCAGACAAAGAACCAGCAGCAUUCUGACUGGAUUUAGGACGCUGGCAUGAAACCAAAAUAUAUAAAAUUCUGCCUCUGAUAAAGCACAGGACUUUAAGAACAACUGUCCACUGAGGUGUUCCUUUUAACAAGUGUAUAAUUUGUGGACAACUUUUGGGUUAUGGAAAAUCUUUCUGGCUGGUGUCAUUACCAGUCAAGUCAUUAAGUUAUUAUUAAAUUCAUUAAUAAAUGGUUCUCAUAAUUAUUAAUGAAGUCUGCAAUUUGGUAAUGUAAAAGUAGUUCUGAUGAAUGGCUGAUCUAUAAAGCAUUAUGAUGCUUAAUUAACCAUUCAUAAAUCUUAAUUGCAGUUUAUAAUCCCUUUAUAAAUGGUGCCCAAUUACAAAGUGCUACUGACAUGUUAUUUACAACAGAUCUGCAUUGUGUAGCAGAAAAGGACAUCACUACAGAUAACAGAUAAGACAAUGAAACAGUACCUUGGUACCAAUUAAAAAAGUGCAGCUUAGCCAAACAGUUCUCAUUCAUGAAUGCACACAGACGACAGAUGAGUCUGCUCUGGAAACAAACAUAAACCUCAGGAUAAUGCAACAGCAACACAUGCAGGCCCUCAUUUUCAAAGUGUCUAAUUCAUGCUAAUUGUUUGAUCAUCUGCACCAAAUGAGACGCUCCUGUAGCUUGUCACUCCAAACGCAUUCAUGUUUUUCUUUCAGUCUUCCAACAUCUCACCAAAUGCCCCCUCACAGAAAGGAAAUGUGAGACAAAUUAUCCCCCCCUCCUCCUCCACAACAGCCAAGUACUGAUUUUAUUCCAAGCAAUUUGGUGGGAAGAUGCAUGGUCUAUCUUUUUUCUAUUUUAAUAUUUUGCACAGCAGAUCGAGUGAUUGAUUGGGAUGUCUGUUUUUAUGAGAUAAGCUUUUCUGCUUUUAAUCGAGGGAUUAAAAAUGGCUGUCAGCAAAUAGCUUCUGGACCGGAUCCUGAAAGCCUUUUGAAAAAAAUGGACCAAAUAAAAUGUUGCGAUUUUUUAUUUUUUUUUCCAAAGUGGCUGUUGAAAUGCACAGCAGUUUAUAGAAGCCAAAUAUGAAAGAAAACGGAUGAAAACUGGAAGAAAAUUAAGUGUCAUUAGGGAAGGAAUGAGGCUCAGGCUUUUCUGUGUGAGCGACACAUUUCUAAAGCUGAACUGUCACAAAACAUUCUUUUGAUAUUUGAGUCUUGUGAAAAAGCACAGAUGAUAUCACUUGAAGCUGUUUUAUGCCUUACACACUCUGAAUUACAAUUCCAGCCAUGUUGGUAGUUCAUGGAUUAAUGACAUUUUCUAUGGCUCCCUCUUUCAUCACUGAAUAAAUGGCUCUAAUGAGGAA